GACAUCUGUGAACCUGGUUGGAACUAUUUCAACGGCUUUUGCUAUUUCACAAGUAAGACUUGUCAAAAUUGGACCACAGCACUGGAUAAAUGCCGACAAGAAAACUCGGCUCUUGUUGAUGUCCAAAAUAAUGAAGAAAAUGUGUUUUUACAGCAUCUUCACAAUGGAGUAAAAUCCUGGCUUGGAUUGAAUGAUAUUUUCACAGAGGGUUCCUUUUCUUGGGUAGAUCGUGGUGCUGGAAACUUUACAGCUUGGGCCAAAAACCAACCAAACAAUUUUCGGGAUGAGGACUGUGUACAUACACUUGGUGUUGAAUAUAAAUAUGAAUGGAAUGACGUAAAAUGCAGUGACUGUCAUCAGUUUACUUGUAAGAAAGGUGAGAAAAAACCGUCUUUGUGCUCGAGACGAACCCACCGUUUCAAUUUCUACCUGCUCAUGCGACUUACUUGAAGGUCCCACUCUUUCCGAGGCAAAGGCUAUGUGUUUUCUUUCUUUAUUUUAAGACCCUAAGUUUUCUUUUCGGCCCCAGGAAUUGAACACCCCUUUACCCGUUUUGCAUUCCACCCAAAGUUAUAGCGUUUCAGCGUUGACAUGCUAAAAUAGCGCUACGUAGUGUUAGUUAACUCCCAUGAAAGCAUCUUAAUGUCGGUAUAUCUGAUCACGCGGCAUUAAAAGAACGAAUGGGGCAGAAUGGUACUCAAUUAUAGGCAGUGCCCAAAAGGAACUGUUAGUAAAGUGGGGUUGAUGAUAUACGAGAGUGGGGCACAGAACAGUGUCGGUUGUCCUUAUCAACCGGUUGCUGUAUUAAGCGGCGUUGGUCAUUUUCAGAGAAAAUACGUGAGGGUUUGGUCGGGACAAAGGAAAGUGUCCGUAUUAAGCAGAUGUCCGAAGAGCGGGAUUCCACUGUAAAAUCUUGAGACGGACUCUUUCUGAAUCGAACUCUCAUCCUUAGGCAUCACUUUAUGAGUCGAAAGCCUGGGAAAUAAUAAGCUAUCAGCAAGAAAAUGAAUGAGCUUGUUUCUCCUUUAUUUUCUCAAAAAAAAAGCAUGGGUGCUUUCAAGAUAGAGUACGAUAUUUAAAGAGGUUAGUAUGAUCAGUAUUUUUAUAUCGACAGAUCUUAAUGAGUGCAGUAGGGACCACUACUACUGCCACCAGCUCGCAAGCUGCACAAAUUAUCGUGGCUCAUUCACUUGCUCCUGUGAUCAAGGCUACUAUGGAGAUGGCUUUCAAUGCGACUCUGGUAUGAUUUUUCGCUUCUUUUUAUUCUUAAGUGUUAAACAAAAUUUAACUUGAUUCACAAGAUUGUUUGUAGCCGAUAUUAAAGAAGUCUUUUUAAAAAAAAAAAAAAAGGUCGAGCGCAACUUCCCAUUAUUUUCCAAAAUGGUUUCAAAGCCCGCUGUUCUCGUAGAGAAAAGAUUAGUCUGUAUUCUUUCUAUUCCAGCAGCUAUGCGAAAACAGUCGUUUCUUCUCGCUGCUCGGCUGUUUUCGCAGGCCGAUUUUUCACCUGUUUAGCUGUGCAACGGUCGGAUAUAUUACAACAUGGCGGAACGUUUCCAAAGAGUCACACGUAUCCAACUCCAGAGAUAAAGACUGCUAUUUUAUGUUAACAUACUUUUUACAGAGUCCUCCCUUUGUCAUCAGAUCAAUGACAAUUCUUUUUAACUUGAGGAUCUGGGAGUUGAGGGUCAAUGUUGGGUUCUUAUUAAGUUUUGACCGGAGAUUUAUUCAUCAAUGAAAUUUCAAUCGUAACCAUUUCUCAUCGACAUUGCCAAAACUGAAAAAAAUGGAUUACGAACAAAACGGGUCCGUUCAAAAAGAGGAUUGAAAAACGUAUGCAUGAACGAGACAUCAUGCAUGAAGUUGAAAGCAAUUAUACGUUCAAAGAACCCACAGGAUUGGGGUGAAUUUAAACGACUUCGCAACAAAACUAAUAGUAACGUCAAGAUCGCAAAGGAAUCCGAGUAUUACAAACAAUCAUUUACUGAACACAAAAAUGACUCUCGACGCACCUGGCAACUAUAAACGAACUUACAUCUCGCAAUAACAUUAUGUCAAAAAGUCAACCCGGAUUUCUCUCUUUCCAUUCUACGGUCACUGCUCUACUAGAGGCGACUGAUAUAUCUUAGCCAACGUUUGAAAUUGCUCUGGUACAAAGUUUUAGUCAGGCUGAAAAUUCACUCAAUUUCCUAAUGGAUUCUGUCUCUUACGACGGAAAUUGAUGCAAAAAUGUCUUGGAGCAGAUAAAGCAUCACGCCAGCCUGAAUAUCUACUGGACUCCUCUAAAAAAAAGUACUGAACACGGACACAGUGAACUUGCUGACUAUUUUAACUUUCAUUUUAACACAAUUGCUGACAAAGUGAAGUCGUCCCUUCGCGCUAUAAAUGAUUUUGACUUUGAUUUUUCAUAAACUGGUUCAGUGUGUCAGAAAUCGACUAACAUUUGAAAACACAGUGUUUUCCAUACCACCAAUUAAACCUUAAAAGUUUGCCACAUAUUUGGCAAAUACAUCAUCAAAUAAAACGACUGGUGUCGACGGGCUUAGCGUUAGACUUCUUAAAAUCGGACUGUAAUAAGACCCUCGAAAGCCAGGCUUAUCAUUAUCGUUCAUUCGCAACACAGCCAUUUCCAUCGCAAUAAUUAACGGCCUGCAGGGUGACUGCACUGCAUAAGGUUUGUGAACUAAGUGAUGUUAACAACUGCUGCCCUAUAUCCAUAAUGCCAGUGCUCUCCAAGGUGAUGGAAAGGCAUGUGCACCGUUGCUUAUCAAAUUUAUCUGUCCAACAACAACCUUAUUUAUUUAUACCUGUCAAUCAGGGUCCAAUAAAAACCUCAUGAUCAGUACAUAGACUGCGCUUGCUCAUUGAAUUAACCCAUCUCAUUUAAUUUGGACAGUGAUCGAGUCAAUGGAAUAGUAACAGUGACUACAAAAAAUCAUUUUUUUAUUAUUUGUUCAUUUAUUAUUAUUAUUUUUUGUCACUCACAUAACAUAAAAAUAAACGUUACAAAAGGUGUUAAUUCAAAUAAAAGUUGAUGUGACAAGGAAGCCUAAAGAAGCUGAGAGCUUAUAUUAAUAGGCUUGAUUACAAAGGCUUACUUGAUUGCAAAGUGUACAGAAAACAUAAAACUAAGCGACAAAACGACUAUCAAUGAGAUUAUUUUUCAGAUUUUUUUUAAAAACAAAUAUGGAAGAGGAGCUGGUUAGUGUAAUUGGCAAAAAUUCCAGAUUGUUCGUCCUCGAUAAAGGAUACUGAACUUUUUAAUAUUAGUUCUACAAAAUGAGGUUCAUACUGAGAGGCUAGUCGAGUUCCGUAAUGGUGAACCUGGUUAGUAGCUUUCGUAACCUCUUUUUAAAUAGUAAGCAGAUGAUUAUGGUGAUAGCUAGGAAUACAUAAAUGUAGCAACACAAAAAAGAGAUAAUGCUAUAUAUGUCAAGGACUUUAAGUUUGCUAAAUAAUGGGACGCAUUUGCUAGAUAGUGACCUUUUGAUAUUAGCCGCACCAUGCGCGUUCGCAAAAGGUAAAUACAGUUUAGGCUAGAGCAAUAGGUGGAGGACCAGGCAACAUUACAGUAUUUGAUAUGGUCGACCAUUCUCCUUAGUAUACUUGAAGUGUAUAGGCUGCAUCCCAGUGCCUUAGCCUCGCUCGGAUGUUAUCUUAACGAUUGUAAGCAGCAAGGUACAUUUAAGGGUCACUCAUCACCCACACGAACCAUAACAUCACUAUCUCUAGGGCCUGUUCUGUUUGAGAUCUUUAACAUUGACCUGCCUGUAUACUUAAAAACACAAGUAGAUAUAUUUUCUGACGAUUCAAUUUAAUAGCAUCAGUAGACUAUUAAUGUAUCGAGGAGCUGGAAGAUACGUUAUCUCGUAUGGUCUCGAAUGUUGAUGACUGGGCAACAGCCAACAAACUGCUGUUGAAUUGUUCAAAGACCAAAUGACUACAACAUUUAUCAGUGGAAUGAGUUUUAAGUCAAAGCUUAGUACAAGAGAAAAAAGAGUCAAUAUACUGAGUUAAAUGGGACUCUACUAGUCAGAGCAAGUUGAUCGUCUUAAGUUAUUGGGACUUGAACUUGAUGAUGAGCUUAGUUUUGAUAACCAUACCGAGGGCUAUAAUCGGGGUAAGAGACCGUAACUGGAUACCUCCUCUAGUAAUAUGAUCAGUUCCAUCGAAAUAGCCAAAUUAAAUGUGCUAUUUUUAGCAAAAAUUAUGCCAUCUCAGUCGUGUGACACGCGCGCGCAUAUUUUGCUUGGGCGCAGUUCAAUUAAGUACAAACAAACAAAAUGGCGUCGCAAAUAGGCCAUUUUACAGUUAUGGAUGGAAGCGAGGCUGACGGUGACCUUGUUUUGGUACAAACCUUCCUGCUUUAUUAUGUAAAUCAAGUUAUUCUUAUGCUAACUAGUAUUUUUUUAGGGACAGUUUCCAUAACAAAGCAAAGGAGGUUUGUAUCAAAACAAGGUCACCGUCAGCCUCACAUUCACUGAAGGCUAGUGUACUAAGUCCACAACUGUAAAAUGGUCUAUUCCUUCAUGGGAGUAGAUGAAUAAAUUUCGUCUGCCUCCUCUGAAUUUGAGGCAUUUUAGACCCUAAGGAGAACCUCUUGACAAUAUCUCUAAAUGUGAGGACUGUGAAUGUGGAUUCUGCUUAUGUCAAAUACCGUAGUGCGAGAGUUUUGACAAAUCCAGUGACGAAGAGAUGUUGGAGGACCACAGGUAAUCCAGGCUCUGUGAUAGUACCACAGUACGGUUCUAGUAAAAUUACAGUGUUUGUAAGGUAAAAAAAAAUACGAUCCUAAAAUUUGUAGGAAACACUAAAUAUAAGUCAAUGAAACUUACCCUGCAGUUAGUUGUUGUUGUCCUUAUUGCUCCAACGAAGUUUCUCGUGAUAAUUUGUUCAGAUUCACUCUAUAAGUUAAAGUUAUAAUAUACAAGGUAGGAGACACGAGAUGCCAUCUUCGCUGCCAUGCUCAUUCAACACAACUUUUUCCCACGAAAUUCAAACUCCGACAGAAAAUAAACAUGCCAGGAUCGUAGUAAUAGGAUAGCAGCAGAUAUAGAAACCAAUGAAGCUUUCCCAAAACACUUUUUUCCAAAACAUGUAAAAGGUGAUGUUUGCAUUUUGCAAUUUUUUUAACUCUCGAAAAAUUCCAAUUUUCAAAGCGCAAAAGCUUAAUUGACCACGGCGACAGCGACAACGUUAACAACAAACACCAAUUUUAUAGAUUAGCAAAACAUCAGCUUGGAAUGUGCAUCACACGAUCACAAUUAAUUUGAUUGUUUAUUUAAACAAAGCGUGAUGCACGUGCUUUAUUUCUCAUUUUGACGCGUGCACUGGAACAUGUAGUUUGCUUGGGCGAGUCGCGUUUGUCUCAAGUAAACAAUAGAAAAAGUUGUGUUGAAUGAGAGCAUGGCGGCGAAGAUGGCAUCUCGUGUCUCCUACCUUGUAUAUUAUAAUUGUAUAUAGAGUGAAUUUGAACAAAUUAUCACGAAACUUCGUUGGAGCAAUAACUAAGCAUAUACUCAGUAAUACGCUCAGUAAGAUAACAAAUAACAAAAAGCACGAGCCUGUUUUUUGUUUGCUUGUUUGUUUUUUUUUGCCUUUUUGGUCAUUAUUUUUUAUUAAAAAUUACAUUACCCGCCCUUGCGAAUAGUGGAAGAAAUCAACAUCUUAUAAUCUUCUCUGGCUCCAAAUGCAGCCUAUUACGUCAUUAAUAUAUUUAAACAAUACAACUUCUACUAUGCAGAUGAUUUUCUCCUUGAAAUACGGCAGCCAUUAAGAGUAAAUAACACCAUUUACAUGGGGGUUCACUGUGCUCGUUUCACUGCAUCUAGACGACGAAAGGGGCAAUUUUGGCUUCAAAUGAUCAUUUUGCACGAAGGGGCUGGGGUGAGUUUCAAGAUCAACUCCUUUUUAGCCGGGAAGAUGUAUCAUUAUCGCGAUUAAAACCUAUUGCGUUACAAAGCGGUCUUCAUUAUCGCUCUUCAGGCGGCAGGCGCAACUUCUGUGUCAGUGAUAUGCGCAGUAGACGAUGCGCAAUGUAAAACAAAGGAAACACUAAGUUGACGUCUUCUUGUUUUUUGUUGCUGUUUUUUUUUUCUAGGGGAGCUGAAACACUCCAGAAUUUUGGGGAAAAAUGAAAACCACUUAAAGUAUUUAAGAAACUGGCUCAAACCAGUUGCUCAGGGCAAAUCUUCACGAUGGAAGCGUUGUUGGCGUGCGUCCUUAGACGGUUGGGCUGCCAGUACUUUUCAUAGCCGUUGUGACAACAAAGGACCAACUGUAACAAUCGUAAGAGUCGGCGGGAAAUACAUAUUUGGAGGCUACACCAGCCUCUCAUGGGGUAAGUGGUUAGGUUUUUCUAAAACUGAACAUAUUAACAUGUAAAAUUGUCUAAGGAAGUAUUUGAAGCAGAAAAUGUUAUUACCACGCAGAGGACUAAAAAAAGGGCAUUCACGUUGUUUCAAACUUUAUCGCCCUUAUUCCAUUUCGGUUAAUUCGCCAAAUGGAGGUGAAUUAUUCUGGGUUAAAAUUCGAAAAGUCUCUACCAAAUAUUAGAAAAAGAAUAUCGUUGCCUUGUGUUCACGUACCCCAUAAAACUAAAAUUAGGACGUUUCACAUCGUAUUCGCGCUGCGAACAAAUUCGCCGUCAAUUAAAGUCUGAGCUGACGUAUUUUCUUUUUAGAGUUGUUCCUCUCUAAAGUUAAAGUGUUUUUCAGGCAAAGUAUUCCGCACUGUUGUCUCGAGUGCCGUUGUAGUUUAAAUAAUUAGUAAAAAUGACUAGAACGCGCGUGUUAAUUGAUCAAGGCUUAAGUUUCCUACUCCGAAGGUGGCCCGAGCCUUAUGCGCGUUGGUUAUGUUUUUCAAUCGCGUUUUUCGACAGAAAUGAUUUAACCGAUUUCCAUGAUUUUUACCAUCCUUAAUAGAGAAUGGUCGAACUUUAAGAAAACGCUAUUUGUUUUCUUAUAGGUAUAAAAACCUAUGAGAUAUCGGCAUAUGUUUAAAACCGCAUUUUUACAGAAAAUGUCAAUAAUUUUAGAACGCUAAGACAGAUUUUUCUCUAACGUCGGCAAAUAAGCCUCAGAGCUCUCUAGUUUUAUAUCCGUAAGUUUGAAGUCAAUCGUGAACGUAGAACACGCUGCACAAAUAGCUGGUCAAAUUAACCUUAAAAUGCAACGCUAACACAUUUGUCAAAGUUGACGCACGAAUAGAGGGAAACUGCCGGCGGACAAUCUCCUAUCUGCAAGGGUAUAUAUUCUUGCCCAAAGCUUCAGUUGCAAGAAACUGAGCAAUCAGAAACAUACGGCGAAUACGGUUCGCAAUACAAGAACUUUAUGCUGAAUGCGGGGCAGGAUAAAAGAAUUUAUAUUUAUCAAACACUGGACGAAAAAAUGGAUUUGCUUCAAAUUUGCUCAGCGCAAAUACGAUGCAAAUUUGUGCAAACUGGGGAAUAAAUCUGAGCAAAGGUGGUAAAUGUCGAAUUUGCAUACCUAUUUACACCCUGGUGUAAAAGGUAUGCAAAUUCGACAUUUACCACCUUUGGUCAGAUUUAUUCCCCAGUUUGCACAAAUUUGCAUCGUAUUUGCGCUGAGCGAAUUUGAAGCAAAUCCAUUUUUUCGUCCAGUGAAACUUACUUUGUAUUUGUCCCUCUCUUUACGAAACCUAAUUAUAUUAUCUACGAAAAACUCUCAAUAGUUUUUACCGUUGCAGGUUUCCGUUUUGAGGAGAAAUAAAGCCACCGACUCCAGUACUUCUAACCGUCCAUUUUUCAGCUGCACUGAAAGUCCUUGUACUUGGUAAUAUAUUCAAGGUUUUUAGAUUUGACAUCACAUUCGCACGGGAAGUUUGCCACUUGGGGAUAAAGAUGAAGAAAAUAUGACAAUCGUGUUAUUCUUUUCAUUAUCCCCAAUGGCAAAAUGCCCGUGCGAAUGUGAUGGCAAAUCUUUCAAACUUGAAUAAAUUACCUAAUACAAGGGUUUUCGUUGCAGCUGAGAAUGGAUCGGUUAAAGUACUGGAGUUGAUGGCUUUAUUUUUGCUCAAGACGGGAGCCUUCAGUGCUUAAAAAACUGGUAGGAGAUUUCCGUAGAUGUUAUGUCGUGAUUUGUUGAGAUUUUUUGCGAAAAUAGAAGGGAAAAUACUUUGACUUUGAUAAAUAAAAAACUAUCUUAACAAGGCAGGAUUUCAUACUUGUGAAGUAUGAAGUAUUUACAUAAGACGAGGACGACUAUGAGUAAGAGAUUUUCUCAAUAUAUAGUAGUACUCAAGCGCGAACCAGCGUCAUUAGCUAGGGACUUUAAGAUCCAAUGAUGCAAACGGCAACGAGAACGUCAAAACACAUCCUUCCUACCAGGGCGGAUAAAGGUUGGGCGGUGAAACGAGCGCAUCCGAGCAAAAAGGUGUGAUGCAGUGGACUGGGACUCUGCUUAGAAAUGUCGCUUGUUUUCGACUUCAGUCAGGGCUUGCGAUGUGGUUUGUCCUUUAGACACUGCCGCUGUCACUGAAUUAUGGCGGCUUGAUUUGUUUUCUUGCACUUCUUCCUCGUUUCUUUGUGCUGGUACGCUGUCUCUGAGAGGCAAAUGUUGCUAUUUUUUGCGGGAGGUUUAAUUGGAGUAGACAAACAUCUCUUUCAAAGGGUUUCUCUUAUUACUUCCAUGACUCUACCACUGAAUUAUAUUUUCGUUCUACUACUCGCCAAUGUCGAUGUUAUUCCAAAACAAAACACGAAGGAAAAUCUCAUCCAUGUCAUCCAUGGCAAAACUAAACGGCAGCAGAUCGUGUUUCAUAACUAGAUGACGUGUAUUUUAUAAAUGCGUGCAGCUCGUGCAAGGUGAAAUUAUGCUAAUUUCUGAUCACUAUCAUCCUUCUUUUUAAUUUUCAAAAAAACAUCUCAUACGUCUUUCUGUUUCUUCGAAACUUCAAAAUUAGUUUCCCCUCAGUUUUUACUGUUUACCUUGUUUUGUUUUAGAGAGAAAAACGGAGAAAAAACCUUACAACUAACCUCAAUAGAUUUUGUUUCCAUGCGGUUGCCGGAUUUGCGACGCAUUGCGCGAAUCGCCAUGGCGCGUUGCACCCGAGAAGCAAAGUUUGAAGCAGUACAACGCCACUAUAUCAAAAUAUGUCAAUCUAAUUUUUUGUUAUGUUAUAUAAAAUUUAUCCCCCUUUAACAUAUGUAAAAAUUGAGGUUAAGAAGUGUUAAGCUUUUGCAAACGAAACGGCGAAAGACUAUUAGGUGAUAUUUGGCGGAAGGAGGAGGUAUUCAACACUUUCAAAUUAAACUCAAAUUUUGGCAUUAUACGACCAACAAGUUUGACUUACAGGCAUACAGACACAAACAUAUGAAACUGUUUUAUUGAUAUUGUUAUGAAACGAUUUUAUCUAUUCAACAUUGUAGCCUGAAAUUACAGAAAGAAAAUAGGAUUUCCGGUUUGCAAAAAGGAAACUUUCGCCGGCAUUCAAGCGCACCGGAAGCGCGGAAAGAGCGCUCGUGCCAGUCCUACUCCGCAUCACACAUUAAAUGAAGAGCGGAGCGCUCGUUUCACCGCCCAACAUUUAUCCGCCCUGCUUCCUACCUUGUUCUAUCCAUUCGGAAAUUAACGCUGUCUCUGUGAUUGAAAAGUGCAUCGCUGAUGUUCGCUCUUGGUUUAUUGGAAAUCGUUUAAUGAUCAAUGACGCAAAAACUGACUUUCUAAUUAUUGGCACCCGUCAGCAACUUGAAAAAACAUCUGUUGAAUUUAUUAUCAUUGGUGACACCGUCAUUAAACCUUUAGAAAGCGUCCGGAACCUUGGGUUCUGGUUCGAUGCUCAUAUGCGAAUGAAGCUUUACAUAGGCAAGAUUUGUGGCAAGGCUUUUCGAGGAAUAUUCAACAUAAGACAAAUUACUUACUUAAAAUUACUUACCGUGCAAUCCACAAAGACACUGAUCCAUGCCUUUGUAUCUUCGCACCUUGAUUACUGUAACACAAUUCUAUUUGGUCUACCUAAAUAUCAGCUUGAUCGUUUACAGAAAGUCCAGAAUGCCGCGGCCAGAGUGACUUUUCAGAUUGCGAAAUUUGAUCAUAUCACACCCGCUCUUAUCGACUUACAUUGGCUUCCAGUAACGUUUAGAGUUCAGUUCAAAUUGCUCCCUUUUGUUUACAAGUCACUACACAAUCAAAGUCCAUCCUACAUUAAGGAUCUUUUAUCCCUGAAACCAGCUGCUAGUUAUACUCUUCGUUCGUCUGCACAAUCUCUUCUGUUCGUUCCAAAACUCAACUGCUCUACACUUGGGGAUCGGGCCUUUGCUCAUGCUGCACCUGUUUUAUAGAACUCGCUGCCAUUAACUAUAAGAACAAGUAGCGGCCUCGCCAACCUCGGAACUUAAAACAUUUCUUUAAUUUGUUGGAAUAGUUCUAAUGUUUAAUUUCAAUUUAGUUUGGAAUUUUCGAAUUUCAUCUUUUUUUUAGAUUUUCCCAUAGCAUAACAUAUCAUUGUUCAGUUAUUAUAGCUUUCAGGGAUCUUUAAAUUUUUUAUUUAUUAUCAUUAUCUUUAUUAUCAUUAUCAAUAGGAGUUGUUUAAUCUUGCCCCGCAUUCAGCGCAAAGUUGUUCUUCUUGUUUUGCGAACUGUAUUCGCCAUAGGUUUCUAAGUACUCAAUUUCUUGCAACUGAAGCUUUAGGCAAGAAUGCCCUUGCAGAUAGGAGAUAGUCCGCCGGCAGUUGUCCUCUAUUUGUGUGUCAACUUUCAAAAAUGAGUUAGCAUUGCAUGUUAAGGUUUAAUUUGACCAGCCAUUUAAGUAGCGAGUUCUAUGGUCACGACUGACCUCAAACUUGCAGAGAUAAAACUAGAGAGCUCUGUGGCUUAUUUGCCGAAGUUAAAGAAAAGUCUGUCUAAUGGUUUUGAAAUUAUUGACAUUUUUUUUUGUAAAAAUGCAGUUUUAAACAUUAUGCCGAUAUCUCAAACGUUUUUAUACCUAUAAGGAAAUAACUAGCAUUUUCUUAAAGUUCCACCACUUUUUAUUAGGGAUGCCAAAAAUCAUGGAAAUCGGUUAAAUCAUUCCUGCCGAAAAACGCGAGUCAAAAACAUAACCAACGAGCAUAUAAAUAGGUUCGGGCCACCUUAAAACUAAAAUGAAAACUGGAUGUAGAUAGGGCAAGUUAGAGGGUGAAAAUUACUUCAAAUUAAGUAUUUUCUUGCUGUAGUUCACAAAAAAAAAAAAAAUUAUUAAACUGAGAGAGUAUUUUAAUCAAAGCUACGUAUACUGAUAUCAACCUGAAUAAUAGUAUGGUAUCUUACUUUUCUUGUUUUUAUCUCAUCUAUUGUAUGACGCACACUUCAUUUUACUUAAUUAGCGCACAAUCAGUCCAUUCGAUGCCCAGGCACUAUCACGAUUUUAAAUGUUCUUUUUUGAACUAUUUCAGCUAUGUUUUUAAUGCUGUAGUCAGUUACUUAUAGAUGAUUAAUGUAAAUUUAUUUUAUAUCUUUUAAAUACAUUUUGUAUCUUUUUCAUUUAGAAUGUUAUCGUAUCCUUUUAGCGUUUUUGUUGUAGAUGUAUAAUGUAAGUAAUUUUAUUCUUAUUUUUCAUUUUAGUUCUACAUCGUAAUCAUUUUUACACGGUCCCUCAAGAAUUGAGCUUUAAAUCUUUAAAUUAGUGUUUAAAUAAAAGAAAUGAUGAUGAUGAUUUUGAUGAUGAUGAUAAUGAUUAUGACUUAUGAGUGAAAAGCUUCAGUAUGAAUAGGUGCAUUUAAAAAAGCUACACAAAGACCGAGACAAUUAAACCAACAACAUACACUGAGAACGGGGGCUGCUCUACUGUCAACUAUUAAAAGUGUGUAUCUCUUUAUUUAUUUAUGUAUUUUCACUCAUACAAGUUUCCCUUGCACAAUUAUUUCAUGUCCUUUGUCGCCAAAAAGCAAAACCGUACCUUGGCGUUUUUGAGCUAGCUGGACUACGACCAAGACGCGGUGGGUAGUUGGGAAGUUAAUUUGGUAGUACAGUGGAACCGGGGCAUAACCAAGGACCAAGAGACCGGCAGAAUUUGUUCGCUAUAUAACGAGGUUUCGUUUAUUGAGAUUCUUUUCCAUAUAUUUUACUACAACUGGGGUAAAGAAAAUCGUUCGCUAGUAGUAUCAAGGAAUUCGUCAUAUCGAGGUUCCACUCGGCGGUAGUAAACAACAAUUAAUAAACAAUCCAAGCCUUUACAUCGAGGUACCGACAGCUGAAUAAUAUAUUUUGCAAUUUAUCAUUCUGUUCAAGAAUUUUUGCGUUUAGCUUUUCAAAUAAGUACCAGUUUCUUCCUUCCACCCAGUAUUAAAAACACACUUUUCACGAGACUGAUGUCUUGUCUACUUGAAAGGGACUUAUAUUUAACAAUUAAUGAAUGAGGCUGAGUAUCUUAAUUUUAUGAAGAAUUGUGGAGAUCGAGGAGGGUGUUAUCCGUCGAGGUCGUAGGCCGAGGCGGAUAACACCCUCCGAGAUCUCCAUAAUUCUUCAUAUGAUACGAAAGCCGAAUUCAAUAUUUGUUUUAUUAUUCAUUCAAAAUAAUCCCUAGUUUUAAAAACAUAGCUAAAACAAGCUUACCCGCAUCAAUGUUAAGUUAAUCUUCGAUAGUUAACGUUUAGGUUUGUCCAGCUCCGCAAAUAUUCUCCAAAUAGCAGAUGUCGCCCUCCGAGCUGUUUUCUUGCUGUUUUUGCUACGUUUUCUGCUAUCAUUACGCCUAGUUCCAGCUGUAGUUUUUACUCUUGAAACGAGUGUUUAUUUUCACAACCAAAACAACUCAGCCUCGUUCCCACGGUGCCUUAACCUGUAAGAACGCUGCAUUUUUGACGUCAUUUCCUCGUUAAAGUCAAAAUUCUUCCAAAUUUGGUGAUCAGUAACUGGUUGUGGUGAAUUAUGCAUGUGCUUUUAGCCAAUCAAAAUUGGGGAAAUAUUUUGAAUGAAUAAUAAUAUGUAGUAUCAGUAUAUUUUCUUGUCUGUAUGAACUCGAAUUUUGAACGAAGUCUGUGCGUCGGAUUUUCCUUUUCAUUUCUUAUUUUCCCAACAGGUUCCAGCUGCCAGUAUCGAUAUGAUUCCCAAGCAUUCCUUUUCUCGCUGGUUAACAAGCCAGGAUUGGCACCUGUGAAACUUCCUGCCUAUAGAUAUUACGGUAAUGCCUUAUACGAUUGCUCGUCUUGUGGACCUACUUUCGGAGGAGGCCAUGACAUGUACAUUGCCGGCUACGCGUCAUCCAAUACCAAUUCGUAUACUUACCUUGGUUAUGUUUACAGCCCACCAAGUGGGUACAGCUAUGGAUACACCGCCACCAACAAUUUUCUGGCAGGCAGUUAUCAGUUUACUCCAGACGAAGUAGAAACAUUUUACGAAACAACUUAA